UUAUGUCUUUCCUAAUCGAAUUGAUCUAGAUAAAUUAUUCGAUUUCAAAAAAUCUCAAUGUUUUUUCUUUUUUUUUACAAAGCUUAUGAUUUAUCUCCAAGUGGAGAAGGUCUUUAUAAGCCACCAUCAUUUAAAGAUAAACAACAAAUAAGUUGUCGUAUUCGUCAAAAAUUUCAAACUUUAAUUGCAUCAGCUGUUGCAAAUACAGAAGGAGAUGGUAACAACACAUAUUUAUUAUUAGGACCUAUUGGAACUGGUGCAUUUGCUAAUGAUAAACAAAUGAUAGCUGAAUUAUUUUUUGAAAUACUUAAUAAUCCAUUCAUGAAUUCAAAACAAGCAAUACGAUAUGCAUUUGAACAAAUAUGGUUUGUAUCUUCGAACAGUCUUCAUACAUUCGAAAAAGUAUUUAAAGAAAGUCAAACGCGUUUUUGA